CUGCACUACGGGACCCUCCUGGGCAGCAGAGCUUGUGCCCACAUGGCAGCAGCUGCCUGGGCCAGUGGUUUUCUCAAUGCUCUGCUGCACACAGCCAAUACAUUUUCCCUGCCCCUGUGCCAGGGCAAUGCCCUGGGCCAGUUCUUCUGUGAAAUCCCACACAUUCUCAAGCUCUCCUGCUUACACUCCUAUAUCAUGGAACUUGGGCUUCUUGCUUUUAGUGGCUGUUUAGGAUAUGGUUGUUUUGUAUUCAUUAUUUUCUCCUAUGUGCAGAUCUUCAGGGUUGUGCUGAGGAUCCCCUCUGAGCAGGGACGGCACAAAGCCUUUUCCACCUGCCUCCCUCACCUGGCCGUGGUCUCCCUGUUCCUCAGUACUGUCAUGUUCGCUCACCUGAAGACCCCCUUUAUCUCCACCCCAUCCCUGGAUCUGUCCCUGUCAGUUCUGUAUUCAGUGGUGCCUCCAGCCCUGAACCUCAUCAUUUACAGCCUGAGGAACCAGGAGGUCAAGGCUGCAGUGUGGACACUGAUCACUGGAUGGUUUCAAAAAAGUAAACAGCUGGGCAGUUUCUGA